UGCUCCUUGCUUCAUCGGAGAUUGUUUGCGCUGCUGCAGGUGUAGUGGUCAGGGCAGAAGUUUUGCAGGUGCAACCGUGCCAGACAGCAACGCAGGAAUGCUUGCUCUGUGAUUGGUGUAUGUGGGGACAAGAUGAUCGACUCAUUCAGCAUCGCUUGAAAGCGUGUCGUCAGUUGCCAUGUCUCUCGAUGUGGCAGAAAUUGCCCGUGGGCCCCGCUCCCAUCGGGCACACUGCACCAGUUGCACCUGUCAUACGACGGACUUGCCACCGAAGUUCAGGGAAGGUUCAGAGCUACGGCGCGCUCCCGUCCGGUUCCAAUGUUCAUCACCCGCGUCUGGUUCUGUGCAGACGGCGUUGCUGGAAGAUUGGACGGCACUGCGCGUGCCGUGCUGCUGUGCAACAGUCGGAGGAGGUCGCCUGCAAAGAACCAUGCUGUACCUGCAGGGGAAGGCUGUCAAGGCUGCCAGACAUGUGAUGCAGGUGGUAAGCCACUCCAGGCCCGCACCUCAAGAAGCAACGCUGGAACACUGUCGCGGCGCGAGCACGAGCUCCGCCGUUUGCGGCGGGCGUGUCUUCCUUCCCGAUCGAAGCUGUGCCUGCAAUUUUCCUCCGACAGCGUUGCCGUGGGCGGGCUUUAAAUAUUGGCUUUGGGCUCCCACUACUCCAGCGGUCUGCACACCAAUGAAUCGCGCUCGUCAACUGGUAGUUGUAUGAUAACUGCGCCGAGGCCGUCAUUCUACCUCUCUUGGACUGCUUGUUCGCAGACUUCUCGGUCAAAUUUGCAAAAGCUGCCUGUGGCUUCUUCUGUGCUUCCAGAAAAGACCUGACAGUUCUCAAGCACCUGGUUCCUAUUCCUGCAGUCACGGCGCGGCCUGAGUCCUAAGCGCGGCGAUCAAUCACCAGCGCUCAACUCCCGCACACGCCAAUAUCUAAGAACGAGCACUUGCGCUGGCAGCAGAGUACACACAGAGUGUGCGCCC